GUCUCUAGGUAGUCCGGAGGCGUGGCCGCACCCCACCCCGCCCCUCCGCUCUUCGGGGACGGGAGCUGCGGGGCCGCGGCUCCGGUGCCUGAAGCGGGGAGGUCUGGCGACUCGGGGAUUUGGGGCGGGCUGGCGCGGCGCCCGGCCGAAGGCACCCCCGGCGCCGGUGAGGCCGCGCCUCCUCCCGGAACUGGUCCGCGCGGCAGGGCGGGAGGAGCCGCAGGAGCCGGGCUAUCGCACGCCGCGGGCCAUGGAGGUCCUUCCCGCAGGCGGGGGCCGGAUGGGGCGUCCGGAGCCCGGGGCAGGGCCGGAGGACGCGGCGGCGGAGGCGGUUCCCGGAGUGCCCCGAGCCCCGUGCCUGCGAGGGGCUCCCCCAGCGGAGCGGCCUCGGGGCUCCCGGGAAUCCUGGGAGGCUGAGGAGAACCCGGAGUCCGGCGAGCCGCGGGACGGCCGGACGAGCCGCACGGCGUCCCUGGUGAGCGGGCUGCUCACCGAGCUGUACAGCUGCGCGGAGGAGGAGGAAGCGGCCGGCGGGGGCCGCGGGCCCGGGGGUCGCCAACGGCGCCGCGACAGCCUCGACAGCUCCACGGAGGCUUCCGGCUCCGACGUGUUCCUGGGCGGCCGCGGCAGCGCCGGCGACUCCCGCGUGCUGCAGGAGCUGCAGGAGCGGCCGAGCCAGCGGCACCAGAUGCAGUACCUGCGGCAGAAAGACAUUAAUGAACUGAAGACAAUCCUUCGAGAGCUAAAGUACAGAAUUGGCAUUCAAUCCACAAAGUUACUUCGGCAGCUGAAGCAAAAAGACAGGCUUCUGCACAAAGUACAGAGAAACUGUGAUAUUGUGACUGCAUGCUUGCAGGCUGUGUCCCAGAAGCGAAGAGUUGACACAAAGUUGAAGUUCACUCUUGAGCCAUCUUUAGGUCAAAAUGGUUUUCAGCAGUGGUAUGAUGCUCUCAAGGCAGUUGCCAGAUUAUCAACAGGAAUACCAAAGGAAUGGAGGAGAAAGGUUUGGUUGACCUUGGCAGAUCAUUAUUUGCACAGUAUAGCUAUUGAUUGGGACAAAACCAUGCGCUUCACUUUCAAUGAAAGGAGUAAUCCUGAUGAUGACUCGAUGGGAAUUCAGAUAGUCAAGGAUCUUCACCGCACAGGCUGCAGCUCCUACUGUGGCCAGGAGGCUGAGCAGGACAGGGUUGUGUUAAAACGGGUCCUGUUGGCCUACGCCCGAUGGAACAAGAAUGUCGGGUACUGCCAAGGCUUUAACAUCCUGGCUGCUCUAAUUCUGGAAGUAGUGGAAGGCAAUGAAGGGGAUGCACUGAAAAUCAUGAUUUACCUUAUUGAUAAGGUACUUCCUGAGAGCUAUUUUGUCAAUAAUCUCCGGGCUUUGUCUGUGGAUAUGGCUGUCUUCAGAGAUCUCUUGAGACUGAAGCUCCCCGAAUUAUCUCAGCACCUGGAUACUCUUCAGAGAACGGCAAACAAGGAGAGUGGAGGUGGAUACGAGCCCCCACUUACGAAUGUCUUCACGAUGCAGUGGUUUCUGACUCUCUUUGCUACAUGCCUCCCUAACCAUACGGUCUUAAAGAUCUGGGAUUCAGUCUUCUUUGAAGGUUCGGAAAUCAUCUUGAGAGUGUCGCUGGCCAUCUGGGCAAAAUUGGGAGAGCAGAUAGAAUGCUGUGAGACAGCAGAUGAAUUUUACAGCACCAUGGGGCGCCUCACCCAGGAGAUGCUAGAGAACGACCUUCUGGAAAGCCACGAACUCAUGCAGACUGUUUACUCUAUGGCUCCAUUCCCUUUCCCACAAUUGGCAGAGUUGAGGGAAAAAUACACCUACAACAUUACACCAUUCCCAGCCACAGUUAAACCCACCUCAGUUUCUGGACGACACAGUAAGGUCAGAGACAGUGAUGAGGAGAACGACCCAGACGAUGAAGAUGCUAUUGCUAAUGCUGUGGGGUGUCUUGGACCUUUCAGUGGGCUCCUGGCCCCUGAACUGCAGAAGUACCACCAAAAGCAAAUUAAAGAACCGAAUGAAGAACAGAGUCUGUGGUCUAAUAACAUCGCAGAGCUGAGUCCAGGAGCCAUCAAUUCCUGUCGAAGUGAAUACCAUGCAGCCUUCAACAGUAUGAUGAUGGAGCGCAUGACCACGGACAUCAAUGCGCUGAAGCGGCAGUAUUCUCGGAUUAAGAAGAAGCAGCAGCAGCAGGUGCAUCAAGUGUAUAUCAGGGCAGGCUCUACGGAAGAAAAAGACCCUGGGUUCCUUUUAGGUACCAAGAACCAGGCAAUCGAUGACAAAGGGCCAGUGACCAGCAUUCUCCCAUCUCAGGUAAACAACUCUCCAGUUAUCAACCACCUUCUCUUAGGAAAGAAGAUGAAAAUGUCAAACAGACCUGCCAAGAAUGCUGUCAUACACAUCCCUGGUCACACAGGAGGCAAAACGUCUCCUGUCCCCUAUGAAGACCUGAAGACAAAGCUCAACUCCCCAUGGCGAACUCACAUCCGAGUCCACAAAAAGAAUAUGACAAGGACCAAGAGUCAGCUGGGCUGCGGGGACACCGUUGGGCUCAUAGAGGAGCAGAAUGAGGGCUGCAAGACUAACGGCCUGGGGGCAGCGGAGGCUUCCUCCAGUUGUGUAGCAACAGCUGGAAAAGAGGGCGGCUGUUCUGAAGGCAGCACAGGGAGGACGAUCGAAGGGCAGUCUCCGGAGCCUGUGUUCGGGGAUGCUGCUGCCGAUGUGUCCGAGGUCCAGGUGAAGUUAGAAGCCUUGGAACUGAACCAGAGGGAUGCUGCUGCUGUCCCCGAGCCCAAGGCACACCCGCCCUGCCAACAGCACUUCCCGGAGCGGCCCAAUGCCCCUGGUGAAAACAAAGCCCCCAGCAAGCCUCCCCAGGGCAGCCACCCGAAAGCGCCCAUCUUCAGCCCUUUCCCCAGCGUCAAACCACUGCGGAAGUCGGCCACCGCCAGAAAUUUGGGGUUAUAUGGUCCUACUGAAAGAACCCCAACCGUGCACUUUCCUCACAUGAGCAGGAGUUUCAGCAAAUCGGGUGGUGGAAACAGUAGCACUAAGAAACGAUGACGGCCCUCAGAAACUGAAUCCCGAUUCACCUUCUCAUGGCCGUACAAGGGUUCCAGCGGAAUGACUCCUAAGAGUUUUGACUGUCCAGUGAAAACAAAUAGAUAGGUUCAGAGAUGAACACCAGUCCUUGAAAAGGGGAACUGGAAGUUUUGUAAUGGGAGCUAGAAUAGGUACGUUUCCCCACCCACCGAUAACUGAUCCAGUGAAUUCUCGUGGCAGAAUAAAUAUUGUAGUUUUAAAGUGUGAAGUUUUCCCAAUUUUUCAUUGUGAGUUGUUUAGACAAGACUGUGUAUCUAGACUGUUAACCCCUCUUCCUUCUUCGUGUGCUGAGGGCCUUCAGGGUCCCUGUGACCACACUCCCCCCAAACCUUCUGGUUCUCUGGGUGUUACUGACCCUCGAGCAUGCACAAACUAGCUUGCUAGAACAGAAACUGUAAAAAGGACGUAAGUUUCUUAGUUUGCAAAAAACUUCCCGAUUUCCCUCUCCCUGCCCCACCGAGGGAAUGUUUGUGUGUGUGUUUUUCUUCAGUAGUUUCUUUCAGCCAGGCUCAAGAUUGUUUUUUUUUUUUUUUUAUUCUUAUGCUACAGUGCAGGAGAAAAAUGUAGAUAGCCUUUCUUUCUAUUUCUGCCUGCAAAAUGAAGAAAACCUCUAUCUGUUGAAAUUUAGGUUGGUCCUCCAACUUGAAGAUCUUAUGCAGUGAACACACAUGGGAUAUGCAUUAAACAAUCGCCCUGAACAGCUUGCUGAUUCCACGAAACUUUUCCCAAGAUUCAUCUUCUCUUCCGAAGAGUUACGGUCCUCAGUGGUGGGAUGCCUCGAUGGGCUCCACACGGAGCUGGUCCCGCAUCUUCCGCCACGUAGCUCAUUUACCUACCAGCUCUUCACGGCAGAUGCCGCUAGGCCCCUGCUAUUCAAAAGCCAGAACAUAGCACCUGCAAUUCUGUUACUUGAAUUUUGUGCUUUUUUGAUUGGAGUACUUUGUUGAGGACUUUGUUACUUGAACACUGCCUUUCUUGAGAGAAGGCGCUAGUGCUUUUAGCUCUCUCUUACCCACCUCUCCCCCGGUCCCAGCGGGUCAGAGACAGCACCUGUUAUUUCCGCUAUGCAGAUGGGAACUCCGAGCCACAGCAGAGGUGAAGUAGCACCUCUGACCCUCACGGUAAAUACCCCUGGUAUUCAGCGGGACUGUGCCAGCGCCGUAGGCAGAUUUGAUGUUCUUUGUACACAUGCAUUGGCUACAUGGGUUCUAAAAACCAAGACCGGGAAGCCAUUCACGAUGCUCCCUCCCGACUCAGAGGACCUUUCUCCAGAUGUUACAGAGCCCUGCGAUGGCAUUUCACAAAACCAGCUCUAACCUUUUUACCCAAAAAGGUGGUUCAUUUAAAAAAUGCUUCACACAGCUGUCAUUUGUCUGAACAAAGGCACACGCCUCAGUCCCCUUCUCUUACUGUCAUUAGAAGAAUAGACUCAGCAUCUUUAGCCUUAUCUCUAAAAGACCUUGGCCAUGCUUGCAGGCCUAGUGUUGAUGCAGUCGAUGUUAAUUUGAGCUAAUUGGGUUGCCAGUUCUGAAACCAAAGCUAUAAUUUUAGAGAGGGCUUUUACUAUGAGAGGUAUUAAUUUUUAUAAUAGAGAAUGUGGUUGUGUGGGCUCUUUUGAACAGAAAACACAAGAAUGACAUACAGUGAGAAAAGCCAUUUUAUCCCUUCUGUGGUAUUUUUACCCUCAAAGGAGCCGAAGAUGGAAAAUAUGACUAAUAAGUCAUUGCGGUUUUGGUCUUGAAUUCUGUGCCGUCUGAAGUUAGCACGCAGCUUCUUAAAAAGCAGCGGUGCCCACCACCUCUGUCUUAGGAAGAGUGUAGGUGGAAUGUUGGGCUUACUUUGCAUUCCACCCCCAGGGGAUGAGACCCACUGCAUUUUCCAAAGUUAAGCAAAUGACAUGAUUUUCUUCCAUCUGCUAAAACUUUACAGAUAAGAAUGAUUCCACCUUAUAUUCUUUUCUCUUCCCCCGACCCACAUGAGUCAGAACAGACUCAUCCCUUUGAGGGAGGUCUGACUCGAAUAGAGAACUGUUCUUUCUUCUCUUGAGGGGUCUCGCUGCUCCCUGAGGGUCUGGCUCGGGGAGGCGGGGCGUGGGGUGGAGCCCACUCGCCACCCUCCUGAGGGUGGCGCUGUUGCUGUCUACGAAGUGUCUUGGCAUUAGCAGCGCAUGCCCCGCCCGUUUCCCCGUGUUGGUCUUUCUGAGAAAGGGCUGGCUGGGAUGGCACGUGCUUUGAAAUAAGCAUUGCUCCCAAAUGAAGGAACGAAGAAAUGAAAGUGUAAUAGUCCUUUGAGGUAAAAAUGACCUUGUCAGGAUUUCAAAAACCGACGGAUUUCUGUGGAAGCACGCUCUGUACCAAUAACGUGCAUGCAUUGUUCCAUGUACUCACAGCGUGAAUCGGUCAAUUUUGGAGCCUUGCCUCCUUUAGAAAAUGAAGACAUGCGCAGUAGCCUGUACCACACAGCAUGUGCAAAGAUCAGUAUGGACUUGUUAUCGUCCCUGUGUAUUGGACACUGUGCAAGCACCAGAAAUACUUACCAAGUAGCAGUUUCUUUAUUUCUAGCUAUCUGUCCCCUGUCAACACUUGUGCGGGGAGCCGGCUCCUUCCGAUGCUUCUGCACCUCAGUACUCUUAACAAAAGCCUCCAGAUGAUUUAAACCUAGUUUGUAAUGUUGACCUCUGGGCUGUCGCUGUAUUCCUUUUUUGGGUCUCUGUUGUUGUUCUGCAGAAUUGUACUGAUUACAGAGAUAUGUGCAUAAAGAUUCUCGUUGUU